UGCAGAAGUGCGCAGCGCGGCAUAAACAGCGUUCAUGUCAUAUAACCUGGCUGUAGCGUCUAGUAUGGGUUUCACGUUUAUCUGUAACUUCCAAAAUGAAAGUUUUAAUUAAAAGUUGUUAUUGGUGGAAGUGGAACACGUGGGUAAAUGCAUUCAAAUGCAAAUACAUGAGUAUUCCCUGAGUGACAGUGGUUGGGCGGGUUGCGCUUGUUUUAUUUCCCCAGCAACCUGGCGAGUAUCAUAAAGGUCACGUUGGCUGCUGCUGCUUCCUAUUGAUCAACCGGUUUGUGGGUCCAUAGUUCAACCCCAGAGUAAUGCACACAUAUUCUCUCACAUACAGUCCUGCUGUGCGGGGAGGCAGAGGGACACAGCCAAACACCUAGGGAAAGAAAGAUGUUUCCUAAAAGGAUUUUAGAUGAAGAGGAGGGAGUACAGUUGUUAAGCACAGAGAAUGAAAAAUGUUCAACCAAAAGAAGAUCCUCACCACAAUUUUGUGUGAACAAUACCUUUUCCGACUCUCCGGUAUCUGUCUGGAAAGAAGCAAAGAAACCUAGUUGUGCUUUUGAUAACAGGGGCUAUGAGGGAAGCCCAGACGACCUCUGCUCUUUGCCUGAUGAUGUUGGCUCAGUAGUGGUGGCAAUUCAAGGCAUGACUUGCCAGUCAUGUGUGCAGUCCAUCGAAGGAAGAAUAUCUAAAGUUUCAGGUGUAGUAGGCAUAAAUGUAUGCUUGGAACAGAAUAAUGCCAUUGUCAACUAUUUACAGACAGAGAUAACGCCACAUAAAAUUUGUGAAGAAAUUGAAGACAUGGGUUUUGAUGCAAGUUUAUCAGAACAGAGUGGGAUGCCGUCAUCUGUAAAAUCCUCAUACUAUGGUGACAAUGUAAUAAAAAUUAGGGUAGAAGGCAUGACGUGCCAGUCUUGUGUCAACACCAUAGAAGGCAAAAUAGGCAAAAUUCAGGGUGUGCAGAAAAUCAAAGUGUCGCUUACCGGUCAAGAAGCAGUCAUCACAUAUCAGUCACACAUUAUUCAAGCAGAAGACCUGAGGAAAUACAUAGAAGACAUGGGAUUUGAAGCUUCAAUUAAAAACAAACCAGAUCCAACAAAGCUUGGGACAAUUGACAUUGAACGCUUGCAGAACAGCAUUGCAGAAAACCAUUCAGGUCAUACAAACAGCAACACUGUGACUCUAGGGAUAGAUGGCAUGCGCUGUAAAUCCUGUGUGCACAACAUUGAAGGAUAUGUAUCUGGCCUUGCCGGUAUUCAGAGCAUCAGAGUCUCCCUCAAGAACAAAAAUGCUGUUGUGUGUCUUUCCCAAGGUUCUACCUCACUCUUAUCCCUAAAAGAAAGCAUAGAAAAUCUGCCUCCAGGGAAAUUUAAAGUAACACUUCCAGUGGGAGUAGAAAAGGGCCAAUCAUUAGCAAGGAACAGUACCCAUUCUUCUCAUAGAGACCAGAGUAUGGGUGGAAAUAUGGCAAUAAUCAGUAUUGGGGGGAUGACCUGUCAAUCUUGUGUAUCAUCAAUUGAAAACAUGAUCUCACAAAGAAAGGGUGUACUGCAUAUAUUGGUGUCUUUAGAUGAGGGGAAUGGGAACAUUUUCUACAAUCCAUGUGAAACAAACGCAGAGGAGUUACGAGCAGCCAUAGAAGAUAUGGGAUUUCACUCCACUCUUGUGUCUGAUAACUCACCUUCUAUCAGCUGUAGUGAGUAUAACUCCAAGGAAGAGGAAAACAAGCAAACCCCCCCAAAGGCUACAAGGCAAAUCAGUGGCAGUCGAGAUUACAUACUGGAUGUGCUGCCCAAGAAAUCUCACCCGGACUUUGCUAAUGAGAAAUAUGACACUGCUCCUGAGAAAUGUUUCUUGCAGAUCACAGGAAUGACGUGCGCAUCGUGUGUUUCUAACAUUGAGAGGAACCUGAAAAAGAAAGAUGGAAUUGUGUCCGUGCUUGUAGCACUGAUGUCUGGUAAGGCAGAGGUCAAGUUCUACCCAGACAGAAUUGAGCCACUGGAAAUAGCACAACUUGUUGAAGACCUGGGAUUUGGGGCAUCAGUAAUGGAAGAUUACACAGCCAGCGAUGGCAACGUGGAGUUAAUUAUUACAGGAAUGACAUGCGCUUCUUGUGUUCACAACAUUGAGUCCAGGCUAAUGAGAACCCCUGGCAUUUUGCAAGCAUCAGUCGCUCUAGCUACGUGCAAAGCCCAGGUCAAGUUUGAUCCAGAGAUUGUUGGUCCACGAGAUAUAAUUAGAAUUAUUGAGGGAAUUGGCUUUCAAGCAUCUUUGGCCAAAAGAGAUCCAACAGCUCAUAAACUUGACCACAAGGAGGAAAUAAAGCAGUGGAGAAAUUCCUUCCUUUUCAGUCUUCUAUUUGGGAUCCCUGUUAUAAUUCUCAUGAUUUACAUGUUGGCUGCUAACAAAGAUCAUCACAACACAAUGGUGCUUGACAGAAAUAUUGUUCCUGGUUUAUCAAUAAUAAAUCUUGUCUUCUUCAUUCUCUGUACCUUCGUUCAGACCCUUGGAGGCAGGUAUUUUUAUGUUCAAGCCUAUAAAUCUCUGAAGCACAAGGCAACUAAUAUGGAUGUGCUGAUUGUCCUGGCCACCACAAUUGCCUACAUUUACUCUGUGGUCAUUCUGACAGUGGCCAUGGUGGAGAAGGCCGACAAAAGCCCUGAGACUUUCUUUGAUACCCCUCCCAUGCUGUUCAUGUUUAUUGCCCUGGGAAGAUGGCUGGAGCAUAUUGCAAAGAGUAAAACCUCCGAAGCUCUCGCCAAGCUGAUAUCCUUACAAGCUACAGAGGCCGCAGUUGUUACAUUUGGUGCAAAUCAAAUAAUUCUAAGAGAGGAGCAGGUAGCUGUAGAAUUAGUUCAAAGAGGAGAUAUCGUCAAGGUUGUCCCUGGGGGUAAAUUCCCUGUUGAUGGAAAGGUUAUAGAAGGAACCUCAAUGGCAGAUGAAUCUCUCAUUACAGGUGAGCCGAUGCCCGUAAGGAAGAAGCCUGGCAGCAUGGUUAUUGCUGGUUCCAUCAACGCACAUGGCACAGUUCUUGUUGAAGCUACACAUGUUGGAUCUGAAACUACUUUGGCACAGAUUGUCAAACUUGUGGAGGAAGCUCAAAUGUCCAAGGCACCUAUCCAGCAGCUGGCAGAUAAAAUAAGUGGAUACUUUGUUCCCUUUAUCAUCAUUAUUUCUGUUGUGACUUUGGUGACUUGGAUAAUUAUUGGCUUUGUAAAUUUUGACAUCAUAAUUAAAUAUUUUCCGAGUUACAGUAAAAAUAUUUCUAAGACAGAGGUUAUAAUACGUGUGGCAUUUCAGACCUCCAUCACGGUGCUGAGCAUCGCCUGUCCCUGUGCUUUGGGCCUGGCAACACCCACAGCAGUAAUGGUUGGUACAGGAGUGGCAGCUCAGAAUGGCAUCCUUAUUAAAGGCGGUGAACCACUAGAGAUGGCUCACAAGAUAAAGGCAGUGAUGUUUGACAAGACCGGCACCAUAACACAUGGGGUACCUAAAGUCAUGCGAGUGCUGCUGCUAGGCGACGUGGUGAAGAUGCCUCUGAAAAGGAUGCUUGCUGUGGUGGGGACGGCGGAAGCCAGCAGCGAACAUCCUCUGGGAAUGGCAGUCACAAAAUACUGCAAGGAGGAACUUGGUACAGAAUUGUUAGGAUAUUGUACAGAUUUCCAGGCUGUCCCUGGAUGUGGCAUCAGCUGUAAAGUGAAUAAUAUAGAGAGUGUUCUAGUGCAGAAUGAAGAAGGACUAAAUGAACAGAAUUCUUACAGAAAUUCUCUCAUCGGAACCACAGACAGCUCUUUGAUUAUCACUCCUGAAUUAUUAGGUGCCCAAGCCCCACUAGCCCACACUGUUUUAAUUGGCAAUCGAGAAUGGAUGAGACGCAAUGGGCUACACAUCUCUACUGAUGUUGAUGAGGCCAUGUCCAGCCAUGAGAUGAAAGGACAAACAGCAGUACUAGUGGCAAUAGAUGGUGAGCUGUGCGGGAUGAUUGCCAUUGCAGACACAGUGAAACAGGAGGCAGCUCUCGCUGUACAUACCCUGAAAAGUAUGGGAAUAGACGUGGUUCUAAUUACAGGCGACAACAGAAAAACAGCGAAAGCUAUCGCUACCCAGGUUGGCAUCAAAAAAGUUUUUGCAGAAGUUCUUCCCUCCCAUAAAGUUGCCAAGGUUCAAGCUCUCCAGAGUGAUAACAAGAGGGUGGCCAUGGUAGGAGAUGGAGUGAAUGACUCGCCCGCGCUUGCCAGAGCUGAUGUCGGCAUUGCUAUUGGCACUGGGACGGAUGUGGCCAUUGAAGCUGCUGAUAUAGUUCUUAUCAGGAAUGAUUUAUUAGAUGUGGUUGCCAGUAUCCACCUCUCAAAGAGGACAGUGAGACGAAUACGACUCAACUUUGUAUUUGCUUUGAUAUAUAAUCUUCUUGGCAUACCUAUUGCUGCAGGUGUGUUCAUGCCAGCGGGACUUGUGUUACAACCUUGGAUGGGCUCCGCUGCAAUGGCAGCUUCCUCUGUCUCUGUGGUUCUGUCCUCAUUGCAGUUAAAAUGCUACCGGAAACCAGACUCUGACAGGUACGAAGCUCGUGCACAGGGACACAUGAAGCCACUCACCCCAUCACAGAUUAGUGUUCACAUUGGGAUGGAUGACCGGUGGAGGGAUCUGCCAAAGACAAAAGCCUGGGAUCAGAUCAGCUACAUCAGCCAAGUGUCCAGAGCAUCUCAGAAGCCGAAACGGCACGGCUCUCUUGUAGAGCAACAAGACAAGUGGUCGCUACUUAUCAAUGAAACACAUGAGGACCAGAUGAUCUAAAUCCCUGUGUAAAGGGAAGUGGCAUCAUAUUAUGAAACUGAUCACUCUGAAUCUGCCUUGUGUGCCAUCUGGGGUUGGAUUACCCUUGCUUUCUGUCUAGUAGUGAAUAGGGAACAGUUGUGUAUUUUUCAUUCUAUUUACACUGUAGUGGCUUUAAAGGAAGCUUUUUAAAAGCAUAUAAUAGUGGGUAAGGAACAGACAAGGGACAGUGAGGUUGAAAAGCAGUAGGGCAGCAAAUUGAUGAAACAAGGGACGGCAAAGGGACGGAGGCAAAUAGGGACCAUAGGGGUAAUAGUGACAUCACACAGUGCUGAAAUUAUGUCAUUCUGCUAGCAAUAGGAGUUAGUAAAUAAUUUCAUAGGAUAUAUAAAUUAUGGGAUAGAAAGGUAGUAGCUAUAUUGUUUCUUUAACAUUUAUGUUGUUUACAUUUAAACUUGAUCAGUCAGGGACUCACACAGGAUGCUGGGAGUGAUUGUUUAUAAACACAAUAAGAGACAGUGUGUGGCUAUCCCUGCUCUGUGGAGCUGCCAGGUUGCCUUACAAUUUUGGUAUGUAUGUGCCUUAUGUGCACAAAGAAAAUGAGUGAGAGAGGUUACAUGAGCAUCCACUGAUAGACAGAAGGGCUCAGGUGCAAGUCACCAUGUUUUGUUACCCACAAUGCAGAGUUUUCCCCCAUUCCAGUGUCAUUCAGGUGAAAGUAUAAAGGGACAAUCACUGGGGUUCUUCACUUGCUUUCCUACUACAACCCUCAGCACCCGAGCAGUUGAUUUGGAAGCAUUGAUUGACAAAGCCUGCCACUGUCUGGCAUAAAAAAUAUAAUUCUUGUAACUAUUUUAAUACAAACAGGAGUAUAGGUACAACAGUAGUAUAGGUAAGUCAAAACCAAAGCUGAUUAAUGGUGCAUGCUGGGAGAUGUAGUAUAGUAGCUAAUCAAAAUGAUGGUGGGUGGGGUUGAAUGUAUGCUCAAUGUACUAUGAAUAUCCUGUUACUGAAAAUACAUUAGGGGCUUAACUAUAUCAACCCAUGUUAACCAAUCAGACUCAUGCAAGCAAUAGGCUAAUUUUACAUUUAGCUAAUUAAGCAUGAGUAUAAGGCUCUAGUACCACGUGUAUUCUGUCCAGUCCUCCUUACAGGGCUAGCCUUGUUUGAUGUUCUAUUGUUAAAACGGGGGCAUCAUGCGGCCCAAAACACACAUAUUCAUUUCCCCCAUGAAAGUAUCAAUAUCCCGCACCCUGUGUGAUUUGUAGUGAGCACAAACCUUUAGGAAUUCACCAAAGGAACAAGUGAUAAGAGCUCUACCUUGCUGUAAGCCGAGGAUCUUCACUCAGUCCCACCAAAUAUUGUUAGAUGCCAAUACAUUAUGUAAAUGCAAAGGGAAUAAGGCUAUCCUUCAUGUUACUUGCACUGUCUUUAACUAAAUAAUGAUAGUGUACCUCUAAUGAACUUUUUCAGAUUGGAUCAUGUAAUUACUGAUAUUGUCUGGUUUGAAUCUAAUUAUAUUUAUUUUUCUAUUCAUUUCUUUGCAAGAAGAAUUUCUUCUUUAUUUUUUCAUUGUCUUCUAGAUAUAUUUUUGUGGAUGCAAGGCAGAGAUUAUUUUUAAUGUUUUGGAUUAUAUAUAUAUAUAUAUAUAUAUAUAUAUAUAUAAAUGGCUAUUUUAGGAAUAUAUGAAUUUAAACAUUUCUUGGGGGGAAAAAUCCAUUUUUAUGGUUUACAUAUUUUCCUUCAGCAGACUAUACAGUAUUAGGGGCCUAUUUAUUAUGCUGUGUAAAAUGAAAUUUGCCCAAAAAAAAGUGUAAAAAGCUGUGUAAAAUAAAUGGAGAAGUUCACCGUCUGAAUGGCAGAUUUUACGACAUUUUAUGUAAGUUCGCAUUAAAAAAUUACACCAAUUUUACAGCGUUUUUUGUGAGACGAAGCCUGGUGAUGAUACGCUGAUGCACCGUGCACUACAUAAUAAAUCUGCCCCUAAGUGUACAGUUUAUUGUUUGGGAAACAUUUUAUCUGCACAUAUUUGCAUUUAUAGAUGAGUGGAAGCUGAAGUGCUGUUUUCUUCAGCAUAGAUAUUCUCCCUAAAAUCAGUACAGUUAUGGGGCCUAAUUACAGAGAAAAAGGAAAUCAUGUUUAAAAAAUAGAAUUAUUUGGUUAAAAUGGACUCCAUAUGACGCCAUAUGGGAGAUGGCCUUCCUGUAAUUCAGAGCUUAAUGGAUAAUGGGUUUCUGGAUAGGAGGUCCCCACCAUACCUGAAUAGUAUCAGCUUCUUUUCUAUUGCCACAUGUACUGUGUUUUAUAGAAAUAGCUUUUCCAAGGCACAGAAUGUGUAUUUGUGUGCAAAGAGAUUGUAUGCUCUAGGCAUGGUGUGGCCUUAUCUUUAAUUAUCUUUAAGGGAAAGUAUAUAGAGGAUAAAUCAUACCCCAAAUACAGGUCCGUAUCUGUAUGCAUAUGUGUACAUUUUAUUGUUUAUACAUUUUAUAUUUAAAUGUUUAUGUGCUAAUAAAAAUGAGCAGUAUGGUAAUGCAGUGGUUAAUGUGGCUGCCUAUAAAAGCAGGGGUCCCAGGUUAAAAUCAAGUUAGGGCACUAUCUGCAAGGGAAUUGGAUGGUGUCCCUGUGCUUGCAUGGGUUUCAGAGGCCGCCCCCGUCCCACACCCCAACUCCCCCCUCCCCAGGAUCACACACAAUCACAUCCUUUUAGCUCACACACAGAGCACUGGGGACAGGACAUGCAGAAAUCUCCCUAGACCCCACUGCUCUGGAUGUGAGCAAAGUCUAGGUGCGGCUGGGCGGCUGGGCGGCAUUCUGCCCCUAAAUUUGUGCUGCCCUAGGCCCAGGCCUUUGUGGCAUUGCCACAAAUCUGGGCCUCUAAUUAUACAGGCAGGUUAAUUAUCUGUGUGUGUUAGGGACCUUAGACUGUAAGCUCCACUGGGGCUGGAACUGAUAUAAACAAUGUAGAAUUCUGAAAAGCAAUGUGAAAUAUGUUGGCACUUUAUAAAGAAUAAAUACAACUGGGUGUAUUUUGCCUUGUAAUUUCUGUUUUACUAUGUAGAGCUUUUUAUUAGCAGUAAUAUAUAUAUAUUUGUGUGUGUAUCAUUCAAAUAAAAACAGUUUUUUUUA